CCCCUGUUUCCCCGACGACUCUCUCCCAAAUAACGCUCGGUCUCGGACGACGGCCACGCUCCCUCCCGACGAGGGCCGUGCUCUCUCCGAGGACGGCGACGUUCCCUCUCCCGACGACGGCCUCUUCGCUCUCCGACGACGGUGACGCUCCCUCCCGACGACCGUGACGCUCCCUCCUGACGACGGCCUCUUCCUCCCGACCUCUUUCUUCCCGAAUCGCGCUCUCUCCUGACGCUGGGCUUUCUCCGACGAGGGCCGUGCUCUCCCCGCUAUGCUCAAAGCCUUCUCUGCCGAGAAGCCCUAGAUCUGCGACGACAAUCCCCGCUUUUCAGGAAGAAGAAAUAAAAGGGGCCAUUGUCCUGAUUUUUGCUAACGAGCAGGAUCUUCUUGGAGUGCUUGACUGAAGCAUUGGAGUUGCAUAAGAUUGAAAGUUGCCAAUGGGCUAUCUUUAGAACUUUUGCUAUUAAAGGGGAGGGCCUUUUUGAGGGAAUCGACUGAAAGCUGGACUACAGGUUGAAAGAUCGAGUUGAAAUCCAGAAGAUGCGUAAUCUUUGCGGCUGUGUUGAAGUUAAGCAAUCAACUGUAGCAGUUGUGGAAAAAUUUGGCAAGCAUCACAAAAAUCUGGAGGCUGGACGCCACUAUGUACCUUGCAUUUGUGGAUAUCAAGUUGCUGGCGAGGUUUCACUCAAAAUCGAGCAAUUGGAUAAUAUAAAAUGCAAAGUGAAGACUAAGGAGAAUGAGAAUGUACAUGUUACUGCAUUUCUGCAAUAUCAAGCCAUCAGGAGCUAUGCAACUAAGGUCUUUUACAGUUAUAGCAAUCCAAGGAAGAUGAUUCAGGAUUUAAUGAUCCAUGCGAUUGCAGCUUACGCUGAAAGACACAACUUCGAUGAACUUUCUGUGAUAGAAUUUUCUGCAGGUGUUGUACAGAUAUUCAAAGAGGAUUUGUUUGGCUCUGGAUAUGAAGUUGUGAAAGUUAAGAUUGUGCGCAUAAAACCGGAUAAGCAUCUUAAGAAUGUUUUGAUGGAAACAAGUGAUGGACAGAGGGAGGUUGCACGCCAGCAACUUUAUGCAGAGAGUGCUAGAUACAGGCAUAAGUGCAUUGUCGAGGGUUGGAAGAACAUGGGCUACGGAGAUAAUAUAGACAUGAUCCAGAAGUUCCAAUACAUUGAUGCAUUGAUGCAUGGAGGGAAAUAGGAGCAAAGUCAGGUCAUCUAUGAACUUGCUCACAAGGUCUAGGACCUAUCCAUGAAGCCCAAGUUCCACAUAAUCGACACAAUCCUGAGCCAUAGGCUGAUGCAGAGCAAAUUGGAUGAGCAAUCUAGGAAGAUAGGAGGGGCUGGACCACUUGAUUGCUAAUCAAAAUAGUUUUUGUACAAUGUUUUGGCAAUUUCAAGGGAUCUCCUUCUUGCCUUGACUGCGUAAAUUUAUGUUUCUGAUUGCCUUUUGUUUGAGUAUGAUAUGCAGUCUUUUCACAA